GGCUUUAAAACGACGCCGCUUUAACCCCUCUAGAUUUCCAGGACCGACGUCGAUUUUUUUCUCUUUCUUUCUGGAAUCAAUCGAGUAAAGUGUUCAUAGCUGAGAAGAAAGAAAAAAAACCCUAAGCUCUCGUUUUUCGUCUUCUCCGAUUCUGCAAGUAUGAGUCGAUCUGGUCAGCCUCCGGAUCUCAAGAAGUACAUGGACAAGAAACUCCAAAUUAAGCUUAAUGCCAACCGAAUGGUUGUUGGAACUCUCCGUGGGUUUGAUCAGUUCAUGAAUCUUGUUGUGGAUAACACUGUUGAAGUCAAUGGUGAUGACAAAACUGACAUUGGGAUGGUGGUUAUAAGAGGUAACAGCAUUGUCACCGUUGAAGCUCUCGAACCAGUUGGAAGAUCUUAGCUUAUGACUUUGCACCCUCAAGUAAUCAUCUUCUGUAAUAUGAGUUUGACUUAGUUUGCUCUCUGUACCGGCAUGAAUCGAACUUGAGUUUUAUUUGAUGAAAUCCUCUUCUUUGGCUCA